AUGGUCAACACACUUCCCUUCGGCGAUAUUCAGGUCCCAACACCAGGCUUUGGUGCCAUGGGCUUGAGCCAUGGUUUGGGUAGCAAUUUGAGCCUCGAAGAGGCCGAGCCAGUCUUAUUGAAGGCAAUUGAAUUGGGGUGCACAUUCUGGGAUACUGCUGUUGUAUACCAAGCCGGUGUAAACGAAAGGCUUCUGGGAGAUUUCAUUAGGAAGCACAAUGUCCGCGACAAAAUUUUCAUUGCCUCCAAGUGUGGUUUCAACGUCUUUGGAGGGGAUGGCUCCCUCACUAACUCCCUCACCAACUCCGCCUCGCAUAUCAAGGAGUAUAUUGAGGGAACCAUCGAAAGACUUGGCUUCACGCCUGAUUUGUACUAUCUACACCGGAUUGAUCCCAAUACACCCCUCACCGAGUCUAUUCCUGCUCUUGAUGAAAUUCGCAAGGCAGGGAAGACCAAGUACAUUGGACUAUCGGAAUGUUCAGCUGCCACCCUUCACAAGGCAAACUCAAUUGCCAAGAUUGAUGCUGUGCAAGCCGAAUAUUCAGCCUUUGAGACACUCCACGAGACAGACGGUUUGAUCGAGACAGCAAAGGAGCUUGGCGUAGCUUACGUCGCGUACAGUCCACUCGGACAUGGUUGGCUCGUCGAUGACUUCGCUUACAACUCCCCGGAUGACUUUGCUCCUGACGAUUUCCGCCGGAAUGCUCCCAAGUUCCAAGGCGAGAAUUUCUACAAGAACCGAGCUAUCGUUGAAGAAAUAAAAAAGCUUGCUGUCCGUAAAGGGUGCAAGACCAGCCAAAUCGCGCUUGCUUGGGUUGUUUCCCAGGGCAUGAUUCCUAUUCCGGGAACAACGAAGGCAACUCGGCUGGAGGAGAACUGGGGAUCUCGAGAUAUUGAAUUGACUGAGGAGGAAAAGCAAGCAAUGCGCAAAAUUAUUGAUGCUGCGAAGCCACACGGCAAUAGAUAUGGUCCCGCGCAUCAGGCUAUGGUUGGACAUUAA